ACUACAAAAUUAAAGGGGAAAAAUAUAACUGCGUUGGCCGUGGAUUCUCUAAUUGAUUCUGUUAGCGGAGGCGGCUAACACUAUCGACGCCGCCGCCCUCACCGCCGGCCGUCACUCUCCAACUGAAACCGCCGAAUCAAUUUCGACACAUCCACAGCUCCACACGAAAAUUGAGCGCAAAGAAAGUGAAUUUAACAAUUUAAAAAAAAAAGGAGAAAAUAUGGCAGCAGAAACAUCAAGCUCGCACAAUUCAAUUCCUCCAUCGCGCUUCCCCACCCACCACGGCGCCGCCGAAAUCCACCCCCAAGCUCGAAUUCUCUGCGAAAUCGUCGCCACCGCGCCAACGCACGAGGUCGAGGGCCGUCUCGCCUCCACUCAAAUCCAGCCCGAGCACGAAUUCGUCCAACAAGUCCUCAAGCACUCGUACAACUCCCCUGCCGCCGCCGCCAAAUUUUUCCGGUGGGCCGGGCUGGUGCAGAGGCACACUCCGUACUCGUGGAAUCUCAUGGUGGAUCUUCUGGGGAAGAACAAGCUGUUCGAUCCCAUGUGGGAUGCCAUCCGGUCUAUGAAGCAAGAGGGAUUGCUGUCGCUGACGACGUUCGUUUCAGUUUUUGAGAAUUAUUGCAUUGCUGGGAGGUUUAAUGAUGCUGUCUUGACUUUCGAUGUCUUGGAGGGGUAUGGGAUCCCACCAGAUAUUGUUGCAGUAAAUUCUUUACUGAGUGCCAUGUGCAGAGAAGAUAAUCGAACUGCGAAAGCACUUGAGUUCUUUGAGAGAAUAAAAGGUAAGAUACAUCCAGAUGCUGACACAUACUCGAUAUUGUUGGAAGGAUGUGAGAAGGAAGGCAACGUAGCCAAGGCAAAAAUUACUUUUGGGGAGAUGGUUAUUCGUGUUGGCUGGAGCCCAGAAUAUAUGUUUGCUUAUGAUGCACUUCUAAAUACUCUAGUUCGUGGAUCACAGGGUGAUGAGGCAAUUAAGUUCUUGCAGGUGAUGAAGGGGAAGAAUUGCUUGCCAGGUUUGAGAUUCUUCUCUAAUGCACUUGAUAUAUUUGCAAAGCAGAAAGAUUCUUCUCAUGCUAUAAUGCUGUGGGAUAUCAUGGUUGGUAGUGGGCUGAUGCCAGAUUUGAUGAUGCACAAUGUCAUAAUUAGUUUGCUCACCAGCAGCAAUGACAUUGACAACGCCUUUCGUUUGCUUGACGAAAUGGUGUUCCAUGGUGCUUUUCCUAAUUCUUUGACGUAUAAUAUGAUUUUUGGGUGUUUGAUCAAGAACGGAAAGGUGCGUGAAGUGGGAAAGUUCUUUCUCGAGAUGAUCAAGAAUGAGUGGGAUCCAACCCCUGCAAAUUUUGCUGCUGCCAUCAAGGUGUUGUUUGAUGGUGAUGAUCCUGAGAUGGCGAUUGAGCUUUGGAAAUAUAUGUCUAAAAACAACAUCUCACCCCGUGAUGAUAGUGGUAAUGCCGUGCUUCUUGGUUUAUGUAACCUGGGAAGGUUAUCAGAUUUAAGAAGGUUUGCAGAGAAGAUGAUUGAUGAAAAAAUUAUACUCCAUGAGUCUACGAUGACAAAAGUGAAGAAUGCUUUCUACAAGCAGGGAAAAGGUUCACAUGAAAUCUAUGACACUAUCUCAAGGAAGUGGAAAUCUUCCUUUCUCCAAGCUUGAAGAUAAAAGCCAAUAGGCAUUUUUCUGUGUGGUUGAUAGUAGUUAUAGUAUUGAUUAAUUGGAAAACUUGGAGCAUCUUGUGGUUCGUCCCUUAGAUGUUCAGCAGAUGCUUUCAUUUACCUAGUGGAAGUCUGUGUCAUGUUCUGCCCCUUAGAUGUUAAAUAGAUGCAUUUUCCUUGCA